CGCUAAAGACACAGAACAACAGCAACUCGGAGUUGUCGAUGACCAUCAAACGGAAUUGUGCCAUUUAUUAUAAAAACUCUCCCAUUGACACUGACAGCUUGCAGUUCAACUGUAGUGUCUAGCCAGUACAUAUGAUGCAGAGCAGCGUGCAAAUAAUCACCGCGGGAGUCCUGCUGCUCACGGGACUAACUUCAAUAUCGGCAUCUUUCGCAGCUCGUGAUCCGCCUCCUCAACAGCUGCGAGAAGCACAGGCAGCUUGCGUGAAAUAUUUAGGCAUCUGCGAGAAUCGUCUGGUGCAGUACAACAACAGCAUCUACCCGUUGGAUCAUGACACCAUGUGUAUGGUGCGCUGUGCCGGCAUCAUUGUUGGAUUUUGGGACGAUAACCAAGGAUUCAAAUUGGAAGGCCUACAAAAACUCUUCCCAGAGCUGGCUACAGAUGAGCGAGUCCAGCAACAAAUCCUGAGCUGCGCAGUGCAGCGCAUUGCUGCCUGCCCACCGACAGAUACCUGUGCGAAGGCGUACAAUGGGUUCCGAUGCUUUCUUGAAUCGCAGAAAACUGGCUUUGUAGUGAAAGAAAACCUUCCGGAGCAGCCCCCAUCCGUCUUCAACGUGCAGGAAUUCAUACGAUCCUUAUCGAUUUGUGGGAAAAUCUUGCGCAUUCCUAAGAACCUGCAAGAUCUCUACCAUCAGGGUGUCUUUCCCAAUGACGAGAAAACGCGCAGCCUCAUUCGAUGCGUUGGCAUCCGCAACGAGCUGUACGAUGAUGUGCUGGGACCUAACAUUCCGCAACUGCACAAGCUGUUCGGUGCCGGUCAAUUGGAGACCGAGUUUCGCCGGAAAGCUGAAAUUUGUAUAAACGCCAACCAACCGCUGCUGGAUCCGAAAGACAAAAACGCCCAAGCCUACGGCAAGCUGUAUCGUUGCUUUAGUAAGCCUUUCAGUGCAUUAAUCCGGGCCAAUGCCAUGUAGCUGACUGUCGUUUGUGCGUAAACAAUAAACAGGGCCCUUUUACCGGACGAAACC